AUGAGCCUGACCGUCUCCAAUCGAUUCGUCGGGCAUCAGAAUUCUCUUGGGGGAGGCGAUUUCCAUCCGUUUCCCUCGCCGCAACAUGGGUCUCUCAUGUAUAGCCAACAAUGGCCAACACGUCCGGCCGUCGUCCAGGCCCAGCCGCAGGAACGCGAGCCGGCCGCCGCCGCCGCCGCCGCCGCCGCCGCUACUGCUGCCUCUUCCUUGAUACCAUUGCACAGCAGCAGCAGCAUCGGCCGCCAACUCACGGGGCCUCCCCGCUUCGGUAAACCACCAGACGCCGUUGCUGGUCCGGCCCCGUCAUCGGCCCCGGCGGUCACGAGAGGUGCAAACACCGCAAACGGCGGGGAUAUUCACAGCACAAGUGCCAAUGACGGCGCGUAUUCCGCACCCGCGCCACCAGCAACGGCGGUACCGGCUCCGCCUACCGAGAUCAUCAACCCGUUUGACCUAUCCGCCGCCGAGCCCUCGCAGCCGCGUCAUGUUCUCGUCCGCGUAGACGGGGACACCGGAUACUACCUCGGCAACGCCGUCGGCCGCCCGGUGCCACAGGAGUUUACUCUGCCUACCGAGGUGGACGACUCCCGGUCGGUGGCGAACGGAGACCAGAUCCAGACCGGCUGGAGCAUAGACUACUACGGCCUGUCGCGUAGCCGCCACGAGUACGGCAACGGCAUCGGAUGGCGGUGCCAGGAAUCGGAGGCCGUGGCGGACUCGCAGGGCAAUCUCGGGUGGCCCCGGAAGUACGUGUGCGCCAUGUGUUGUCUGCGAUGGAACGCCAUGCCUCUGCCCGCCAAAGUGAUUCGGGGUGAUGUCAGCCAAAAGGACCGGAUAGAGUUGAGGAUACCGAACCCGUCCGAUGCCCGGAGGGACCCGGGAUUUUCUCGGCCGGGAUGCUCAGAGCCGACGACCCACUGUUGUCCGCCGCCGGUGGCCGAGCCGGGCUACCUCAAGGAGAUUUAUCGGUGCAUCAUGGACAACUGCCCGUUCCUGACGGACACCCGGCGAGAGAUGAAGGCUCAUCUCCAUUCUCCGAGGAAAAACGGACACAAGUCGUACCUGACCUCCCUCGCCGGCCGCAUCGAACACGGCCAACCCCUCAGCGCGAUCGACAAGGAGAUUGCGUCCCGUCUGAUGCUCAUGUUCAACGACAGGGACGCCCGCGGACAAAAGUCCAUCUCGCAGCCCAUCAACACCGUCCUCGGCCCGGAGGACGUCAGCAGCCCCGCCGUCCUGCGGGAGCACACGCAGUGGAUGUCGUAUCUGGGUCUGCACACGCCCGAGCUGCACCGGCGGGAUUUCUACGAUGCGCGGACGGGCGGGUGGUACUACCGCGAGUACAACAUGGACGACGACUUUGAGGACGCGUGCGAGAAUGUGAGGAUCGUGGCGCGUGCUACGGGGAGGCCGGUCAAGGCUUUGGAUUUCCUCUGGCGUUGA